GUAUUAUUGUAAUAGUGUGUCUGUUUCGUUUAAUGCAAAAUCUGCUUUAAAUAUAAUAUAGAGUCGGUAGAGUGUAAACGUCAGUUCCAUCAAGUGAACUACGUGUGAUCGUAGCGUUACUGGAUACGAUAUAUUGUUCAGCUGAAUGCGAAUAUGCGAUAGAUUUAUCAAAUAAAUUAUCAAAUCUUAUGACCAUAGCAUUAUUUGUAAUAAAUUUGUGCAUUUAAUUGAAAUAUUUACACAUGAUUUUAAUGAAUAUAAAAUAUAAUUUAAUGGAGAUGUAAUAAUUAAUAAUAUUUGUAGUAUUUAUAUACAAUUUUACUAUGUAUAGUAAUUGACAUUUACAUGUAAUUAACAAUGAUCAUUGUUUUGUAAUUAAUCUGUUGAUUAGAAGCAUAAAGUCGUAUGGCAUUGACAGUUUUAUAACACUAGUUUUAAGACUUCUGAUUUUAAGACAUCUGGCUUCAAGACAUCUGAUUUCAAAACUUCUGGCUUCAAGACAUCUGGCUUCAAGACUUCUGGUUUCAAGAUUUCUGGUUUCAAGACUUCUGGCUUCAAGACUUCUGGCUUUAAGAUUUUAUUGGACUUCAUCAGAUUACAUAGACUGUCAUCACAAACUAUCACGGAUUUAAUCGAACUACGUCAGACUUUAUCAGACUUUAUUGGAUUUCAUUGGAUUUCACACACUUUAUGGAUUACUGGAAAAAUAGAUAUACACCGGACUACAUGACUUCAACACUUCUGGCUUCAAGACUUUUAACUUCAAGACUUUACCGGAUUAUACGGAUUGUUAUGGACUUCAUUGAACUACGUCGGAUUUCAUCGGACUUGAUUGAAUUUUAUCGGACUUCACGCACAUUAUGAACCACUGAAAAAAUGAGUAGACACUGGACAAGGCUUUCGGUUUCAAGACUUCCGGUUUCAGAACUUUUGGUUUCAAGACUUCCGGCUUUAGGACUUCCGGUUUCAGGACUUCCGGCUUCAGGAUUUUCUGUUUCAGGAUUUCUGUCUUCAAGAUUUUAUUAGACUACACAGACUGUCAUGGAUUUUGUUGGACUAUCAUAGACUUCAUCGGAUAGACUUAUUGGAUUUCACCGUACUUUACACACUUCAUAGACCACCGGGAAAAUAAGUAUACAUCGAACUACAAGAUUUCAAGACUUUACUGGACUUUAUCAGAUUACACGGACUGUCAUAGACUUCAUCGGACUUUGUCGGAUUUCACUGAACUUCGCGCACUUUAUGGACCACUGGGAAAAUAGGUAUACACCGGUCUACAUGACUUUAAAAUUUCUGGCUUCAAGACUUUUGACAUCAAAACUUCAUCGGAUUACACGGACUUCAUUGGAUUACGUCGGAUUUCAUCAGUCUUUGUUGGACUUCAUGGACUAUGCUGCAUUUUAUCGGACUUAUAAGAAAUAAUAUUUUAUACAGUGUUCUUGCGAAGUAAUCGAUCUUGACUAGUUUUGAAUCUUAAAAACAAUUACCUGCAAGAUUUGAAAUAUACUUAUAAGUACUUUUUAAUAUAAAAAAUCAAAUUUUUUACUAGUACUCGAAUUUUAAAUAUUAAUUUGUUAAAUUAAAACGUACUAUGUGGUUACUGAUGACCCACGCUGAAUUUUCCAGCGUUUUUAUUUUUCAGCAUUUUUACUUUCCAGCAUUUUUACUUUUCAGCAUUUUUAUUUUCCAGCAUUUUUACUUUCCAGCAUUUCAUUUAUAGGAUACAUUUUAACAUUUAAUUCUAUGGGAUAACCAUUCAAAAAAUAGGUGUACACCGAAAUUCUGACUUCAAGACUUCAUCGCACUCCACAGAUUGUCAUGGAUUUUGUCGAACUUUAUUGGAUUUCACUGAACUUCAUGGACUUUAUGGACUACACUAAACUUUAUCGGACUAUGUUGGAUUUUAUUGAACUUCAUUGAAUUUCACCGGACUUUAUCGAACUUCGUGGCUUUCACGGACUGUCAUCUAACUUCACUAGAUUACACGGAUUGUUAUAAACUUUAUCGAAGUUUCAUUGGAUUUUAUCGGAAUUCAUAGACUUCAUGGACUACGCUAGACUUUAUCGAAUUUCACCGAACUUUAUCGAAUUUUACCGGAUUUUAUCGAAUUUCGUGGACUUCAUGGAUUUCACGGAUUAUCACCGGACUGUACCAGAUUUCACUGGACUUCAACAAAAUAUGCCGUUCAAUAUUUUAAUAUUGAAUUAUAAUGUUAAAUGUUUUUUUUUAUAUUACAUAGCAUGACACUUUUUGUUUAAGUGUCGUGCUGCCUAAUAUGAGAUAAUAUGCUUGUUCGUAUUAAAAAAUUAUUUUAAAAUUGCAAUCGCCAGAACUAUUUUUAAAAAUGAUUGUGUAGUAUAAAUCUCUAUCAGAACUGGCAAGAACUGUUGCUGGAACUGCGAUAAGUAGGAAACGCAACACGUUUUUUCUAAGUGUCGUGGUAUGUUUAAUAUUUUAGUGUAAAAAAGAUGUUAAUUGUAUGAAUUUUGUUUUGAAAUUGCAAUCAACGAUAGAACUCUGAUAGUACUAACUAGAAUUCUUGUCAAAUAUAUUAAUAUUUAUUUAUUUUUAUUUUAGAGGAGGAGAUGUUGUGCUAGAUUCACGAAAGUAGCACAUUUUUUUUUUUUUUUUUUUUUUUUUUUAGGAGGAUUAAAAACUGCAGAACUCUGUUAUUUUUAUAAGGAACUUUGGAAUUAUAAAAAGUGUCACUGGAACUCUACAUAUUUUUUUCAUAUUAACAGAAUGUUGUGCUAACUUCAUAAAUCCAAAUAAAUAAUGAAUUAUGUUAUAUCUUAUAUGACACAUUUAUGUUUUACGUCUUAUUCAUAUCUAUUAUGUACAUUAGAUAUAAUAUUUAUUAAGAAAAUUUAUUUUAAAAUUGUAAUUCCUAAUAUCUAAUAUUUCUCUAUUGUGCGCAGAGCCUAAUGUAAAUGUAAUAUUUAUAGCAAUAUUUAAAUGCAAUAUUAAAGAGUAGUGAUAUUUGUGUCGGUGACUGUUGCUGUAAAGUGUUACGUUUGUAAGAUUAUUUGCAUGAUUUACUUAAAAUAUUUAUUACAUUUACGUCCAUAAAUUAAUUUAAUAUACUCUCUAAAUUUGAAUCAGUAAAAUCUUUUUGAUUUACAGUGGUACAUUUAUAACUAUGAUUAAUGAGCGAUUAUUCACUGUUUUUCUGUGACUUUACUUAAGAGGGGGAGGGAGGGGGUACUCUCACUAAUCGGAAACAGUGUAUUAUUACUGAUCUCAUUAAUUGGAAUUAUUGCAUUAUCACUGAAAGGCAGUGCAUAUAUCUUUGAUAUAAUUAUAAGUAUACCACUGAAAUCAAACUGUUCACUGUCUUUCAGUGAAUAAUAAAUUGAUUCCGAUUUAGAGAGUAGUAUUUAGUUAGAUUUUCUCUUUUUUUUUGCCUUUAUCACUAUUUAUAAUUGUUCUGUAAAUUAGAAAUGCAAAAUUGUUGUUAAUGUUGCAAUUGUUAUAUGAAGUUAUACCUAAAUUAAUUUAAACACCUAUUCUUAAUACCUUAUAACAUGUAGAGGAUUUAUUUAUAUGAUGAUUGACAGCAUUUAUAAUGUACUAAUAUUACAAGUAUUUAUGAUGUAAUUAAAUUAUUUUUUAUAUUCAUUGCGUGAUCUAUUGAUAUUUUAUAAUGGUUAUAAUUUUAUGAAUGAGAAGCAUAUGUAGCUGCAUUUGAUGCUAUGGUCGCUACAGAUCUAAGAAUCACUUGGCUCAUAUCUGAAUAAUGAGUGCAGAUAUAAACAGAACGUAGAAAAACGAGCAUUAUACCGAGAAAAUAAUCAGAUAAUCAUCGUAUUGCGCAUACACACACAAUUCGUAACAAUACUUUGAAGUCUGUAAACAUAAUUGGAUUUAUUAGAAAAAUAAAUGAAGUUCUACCUGUGUAUCUAAUGGAAAAUAUAUCAUUGAGCAUAGAUAAUAAUAAUCAGCUACAAUUAUAUGUACGUAUUAUGGAACAAAAUUUUUUUCACAAUCUGUUUCGCGUAUCACGUAGGGAAUUUAUGGAAUUUUGUGUAUCGCGUAAGUUGCGUAAGGAAUUUCAAAGUUCGUUCGUUAGUGUCCGUAAUUAAGUGCUCGUUUCCGGUGUUCGUCGUUUUCUCGAUGGAAAUGUGGAAUGCUUUCAAAACGGAAUUUGCAAUAGAUGAAGCAAACUAUAAUAUUCCUACUGGUCUCGAUGGAGAUAAGGAAUGCUUCCAAAACGGCAUUUGCAAUAGAUGGAGCAAACUAUAUAAUAUUCCUGAUAUUUCUCAAAAUGGAAAACGACAAGAAGAGGAUAACACCCAUCGUCGCCGAUUGGUAAUAAAACAAACGAACCGCAGCCGGUUCGUCGCGUCGCGCGUUUUUUUCCGGGAGUGUCGUUUAAGUAUUGGACUAAUGAACUUUAUAUAACUCUCAUUUGAUAGAAUCCUAAUUCGAGGGCCGGAAAUCGCACCCUCGCUGCUUGGCAGUGAAUAUCCUCACUGGGGCGUUGCGUAUGGUGGCCGUGCGCGGCGCACCGCGACGUUCCAUGCCGAGUGCCCGUGCACGAGGCAAUGCCGGGCCGCAUGUACGACAUGUUCGUGUGCAUGUUGCGCGGCUGUCUGGUUGUGUGAGGUUUACACGCUCUGUCUUCGGCAAUCGGUUCGGUCCUAAGCGGUUAGAAUUUGGAUCGAUUGCCUUGGAUUCGCGCGUUUCUCUUGUUUUCGUCCACUAUCCUAAGGCUUUCUUAGAUCCUUGAUACCCUUUUUGGAUUCUUUGGAUCUGGGGUUCGAGCCAGUGAAUCACGUUUAAUCUGACUUGGUCAGAACUUGGCCUUGUAGGUUAAGCUUGUGUCGAGAGGCUGGCUCUCAUUUCCUGAUUCGUCUAAAAUGCUAGACGUCGGCAAUGAGUACCUUCUUCUGUCGUCCUGCCGGAGUGUCUUGUCGACGCCGCUUGGAUAUAAGAUCCAGUGGGACUGAUCUCGAUGAUCCGUUGGCUGGGCGUAUGAACGAGUCAAUUUUAGACGUGAUUUUUGUGAGACAAGAGACGCAGGAAUUCAAUACCAUUGAUUUCGUUUUCUUCCGCGUGGGGCUUACCCUUGUUCGGGGGCAGGUACGCGUGCGUUCUACUUGCCGACUCGGGGUGCUGAAUUCACGGGAAUUUCUAUGAAUGGGAACUCAUAUCAUGGGUUUUAUAAACCCGAAGUGCCGCAGUAUCGCGCGAAAAACUUAAUAAAUAAUAAGUCCACGCGCGCACAUUUAGUAUUAUUCGUGAGUGUUCCGCGUGUGCAACAAGUGGAAGAGGACAACCUUGAGGACACUGAGAGGAAGAGGAGGCCUGGGAGAGGCAUCGGGCUCCAGCGGAGCAACUUUGGGUAUCAUCGUAGCUUCGUGGCUGAGUAACUCCGUUCGUUGCGCAUCGGUCGUGCUUUCGUAAGUAUCGUGCGAAUGCAUCGAAGGAAGCUGAGAGGAGGAAAAGGCUUGGGAGGCAUCGAGCGACGGCGAAGCGUCUAGAAUUCUAGAAGUUCGACAUGAUUCGACGUAAUUCAACACAAAUCAACUCCGCUGCUGCGCAUCGCAUUGCUUAAAACCACCACAGAAAGACGGGGUGACAAAGUCGAAUCCCAGCAAGCGGCAUCGAGAGCGACUAAACGCCGAGCUGGAUACGCUGGCAUCGUUACUUCCUUUCGAGCAAAAUAUCCUCAGCAAGCUGGAUCGACUGAGCAUCCUCAGACUCAGCGUAAGCUACCUCCGCACCAAGAGCUAUUUUCAAGUGGUGAUGCACAAGGAUAAGGAGGAGAAUUCGCACCACGACUCGCAUUACAGGGCGAGGGAGAUGGCGCUCGCCGCUUACGACCAUCAUCACCUCGACGGCGAAAUGUUCCUACAGGCACUGAACGGGUUCCUGCUAAUACUGACUUGCGACGGGGAAGUGUUUUUCGCUACCCAUAGCAUAGAGAGUUAUCUUGGCUUCCAUCAGUCUGACAUUGUCCACCAGAGUGUCUACGAACUGGUGCAUAGUGAAGACCGGGAGGAGUUGCAGCGGCAAUUAAUGUGGAAUUCUUUUCUACCCGCCGAAAGUGCAAGUCUGCCGUUGCACGAUGCACUCUCGCCCCAGCAUUGUCAUCUGCUCGAACGUAGCUUCACAGUUCGCUUCCGUUGUCUUCUCGACAAUACAUCCGGUUUUCUGCGUCUCGACAUCAGGGGCCGAGUUAAAGUACUCCAUGGUCAGAAUCGAAAGACGGAAGAGCCACCGUUGGCUCUGUUCGCCUUGUGCACGCCGUUCGGGCCGCCUUCGCUUUUGGAGGUGCCGCAAAAGGAAGUAAUGUUUAAGAGCAAACACAAGCUGGAUCUCGCACUCGUAACGAUGGAUCAGAAAGGAAAGAUGCUUCUAGGCUACUCCGACGCGGAACUAACGAAUCUCGGUGGCUACGAUCUAGUCCAUUACGACGACUUGGCCUACGUCGCUAGUGCGCAUCAAGAAUUAUUGAAAACCGGUGCAUCAGGCAUGAUAGCCUACAGAUUUCAAACGAAGGACGGUGGAUGGCAGUGGCUGCAGACCAGCUCCAGACUGGUCUACAAAAACUCGAAACCAGACUUCGUGCUCAGUACUCAUCGACCUCUCAUGGAGGAGGAAGGUAGAGACCUGCUCGGCAAACGUACGAUGGACUUUAAGGUGAGCUAUUUGGACGCCGGAUUGACCAACAGCUACUUUUCGGACAGCGAUACUCUGACGGGGUCGGUCAUGACGCCGACGUUACCGGCGCAACCGGCGCCCCAAAGAGUGAACAGGCGAUACAAGACACAGAUGCGGGACUUCUUUUCGACGUGCCGCAGCAAGCGUCCUAAACUUUCCACUCAGUCAUCGGUUUCGCCGCCGGUGACUCCCACAGUCGCAUCCGUGGAUUAUCUCGCGGCGGAUACCAACGCGGCGGCCGCGGUUGCUGCAGCGUACAGCAAUUUGAAUACCAUGUAUGCACCACCGUAUGCGCCCACAGCGGUAGCAGCAAGCACCGAUCCUUCCCUGACGACUUACAUCGGCCACACUAGCAACUAUCAUCAGACGCUCUAUCCAACAAGUGCGUUAGAUAACAGGUAUCUCACAGCUGCGACGGAAAAUCUAUUUCAAUACAGGCCGCUGGGCUCGUACUAUCCAGAGUACCAUACCGGCACCGCGUACAACGGCUUCAUCGACGUAUCGUUGCCCACGUACGAGACCCAUCAGCUAGCCAGUAAAACAGAGGAGAAGCUUUACUGCCAGCAGCUCGGUAGCGGCGAAUCGCCCAAAUAUAGUUACGUGGAGACGAGACAUCCCGGAAGCGUUAGCGGUUCACCCUACGCCGCCAGUCCCGUGGCGAGCGUGUCCACGAUGCAUCCAGCGACGACAGAUAUGAACGUUGUGCGCGCUGGAAGCAGACACUCGCUGGAGGGUGGCGCGUCAUCGAGUAAUUCCGCCGGGAGCUCGCCAGUGACCGGCGCGGCCAACGGCAUGCUGACGCCGAAGAUCGAGGAUGUAAAGCCUGAGGUGUACAGCAAUGAAGCGCCGCGGCAGACCGUGUUGAUGUGGGGCGCGCCGCCGUCGCGCACACCGCCCAGGAACAACGGCAGCUACAGCCCACCGACGCCACAUUCAACCCAUUCAUCCACGCACUCGACCAACACUACCGGCGAUCCACUCAAGUCACUCGCGGAGAUGAAUUCCAUGAACGGAGACUGCAAAUGGCGACAAACUUCUCCAGAACAGCAAGUGACUGCGCCGAGUCCGCCAAGAAACAAUAAAACGCAACAAUCUCAACAACAGCAACAGCAGCAACAUCACCAUCAACAACAGCAGCAGCAACAGCAACAGCAUCAACAACAGUAUCCUGUCACGACGUCGCAAUAUCAAGCAGCUGCAGCGGCAGCCGCGGCCGCUGCCGCCGCCGCCGGUAGCAUUGGUUACACGCACUCUCAUCCGAGCCACGGCGGACACGGGGAAGCGGGCUCCGAGGUAUGGCAAGGAGUGCAACACCAUCACUACCAGUACUAUCCCUACCACCAUCACCACCCCGCACCACCAAGGCACACGCCCCAGUUGCAGCACGCCACCGUCAGCUGCGGGAACGGGGACGGGGGUGGCGGCAGGCAUGGGCAUGGGCACCGGGGUGGACAACAGCACCAGCAGCAACAACAGCAACGUCUUGUACCAUCCUCCGCACCACCACCACCACCACCACGUAGUGGGAUCAUCAGCGGCAGCGGGAAUGGGCCCAACUGUCCCACAGAUUCCAAACCGGACGCCGGGAGUCCUCUGCUGUCCAUCUCUGAGGUGACUAACACCCUGCUCAACCAAUAGUCCUUUGGUCACUUCGGCGUCCCUUUACGUCAAUGAUGAAGGUAUCUCUGAGAUGUCUUCACCGAAAUGGACUCCAAAAUGUGUCACUGUACCAUACAGAUAAUGUCGAUUAAAAAGAAAUAAGAAUAUAUACGUAUAGUACUGUAACAUACUCAUUGCAAAGCUAAUAACCAACCUAGUAUUACGUAAUUUUUAUUGCAUUAAUUUAUCCGUACCGAUACCGUUAAGUGGAUGUUCUUCAGGAUUCACAGUUUGAGUCUGCAUGUGACACUGAUCGCAAGCUUGUGCGCGUGAAGGGCAGCGAUCACGAGGCGUUUUGCAAUUUCAUUUCAUUCGCCGCUACAAGAUGCAGUGAUUGCAUGACGAGUAGCAAUAGCACUCUACUGUAGACCGAAUACAAAUAGAGUACUCCAACAAAUCUCGAAACUAUACUACUUUUCUUAUUUUCAAAAAUUGAUUAUUGAAACUAGAUGUCUAGUUAUUGAUUUUGAUUUAACUAUAAUCUUCUCUAAAAUAUAAGAACAUAAAAAUUUUAUUUAUUAAGCUGACAAAAUCAUCAUCGUAUUGUAUAAAAUAAGAUUUAGGAAUAUAAAAGAGGCAUUACACGCUUUAAAAAGAGAAAAAUUGGAAACGAAUUUUUAUAUGAUAUGAAUAUGAACAUUCACAUCGUUCUGUGAUCUAAUUUUUUAUUCUUGAAUUAGUAAGAGAGUAUACUAUUUUCACUUUUUACUAUUACGAUAAACAAAUGUGCAUUCUAUUCUGCGAUGAACUGGAAGAUAUAUGUAGCUUAAAUAGUGAUCACUGCCCAGACACUGAGCAAAGUGAGGUAAUGAACAACAUGCCUUUGAACAAAAAAAAAAAGAAAACGUUAAACGCUAUUUAUAUUUGAUAAUGAAAGCACAAAAUUUUGUUAUUUCGAUCUUCGAUAAGCGCAACAAACAAUACGACUUUAGUUUGUAUUAAUACCAUGACGACGUGUUUGUACAAUUCUACCCCCGUACUCUAACGCUUUUGUAUCCUGUGCUAUUGCGUUUGUACAAUUCUUUUUCUUUUCUAAAAGAGAAUAUGGAUUCUGUGAUAUGUGUUAGGUAAUUUAAACAAUGUUCUUCAGAACGAAGGCAUACUCGAGUGUAAUAUUUAUUGACAUAGAAGGCGGCGAUAAGAAAACUCGUCCAGAAAUUUGAAAAGAUUUGAAACGAAAUAUACGAAUUAUAAGGAAACAUAAGACGGCGAUUCUUUUCUAAAUGAGGAUCGGAGGUGUUUCGAUUGAUGAGAGAUCGAUUUUUCCAAGGACAUGCAUUUUAAGGAUGCAUACAGCGAUUUAAGAAACGACGAUUUUAAAAAUGCAGGUUGUUAUUAAGAUAAGCGAGCAGAAAUAGUCUUAUUUAAAGGAAAGAAAACGAACACUAUCAAUAUACAUUCCAUACACACACACAUAUAUAUAUAUAUAUAUAUAUAUAUAUAUAUAUAUAUAUAUAUACAUAAGCGAUCUCUCUCAGUUGUAUGCAUUAAAAUGGAAUUCCUACUGUCGAGAUAAGGCGUAAAUGUAAAGUAAGUUCAAUAAGUUCUCUUCCUUUUAUGAUAAAUCUCUAUACUCUCCACUUUAUACCACAAUUUUUUUAUGAAAAUUGAGACUUCACGAAUGUUUGAAAUAAAUUCAAUAUUUCUCUGCGCGACUCUUGGCUUCCUACAUACUUAUUUUGAAUGAUACGCAUUAAUUAACGGAUUAUUAAUAAAAGUUUGAAAAAAAGUGAAAAUUUCCUGUUUGCAUUAGUCGAUUAAUCUACAAUUGUAAAAGUCAAAAUUUGUUUGUAGUAAUUUUGUGCAAUAUAAUAUUAAGAGAUAAAAAAUUUUUAAAAACAAUGUCUAAGAUUUUAAGAUUAUUUAUAUAACAUUUGUUAUUAAAAGAGUAUUAUAUAAUCGUGCUUAGCGAUAAAUAUCUUAUUUUAGAAAUAUAAAUUGUAGAAGAUUUUUUGUAAAAUUUUCUGAACAUUUUUUGUAAAAUUUUUUGAACAUUUUUUCUGAAUGUUUUUUCACUUUGAUUAAUAGACUACUGUAACUGGAAUCAAUUCGAAGCUUUAUGUUCCUUAAGUUAUUCUCUUUCGAGUAUUGAAUAUUCGAAAUCUCAUUAGAUGAUCGGAUAAAGGAGACGGAAAGAAAUGCGAUAUUCGUAGCCCGUUAAUUCGGCUAAACUCGUCUUGCCAAUAUUUUGUUAAUAAGUUUGUAAUUUUUGUACUUAAUUAAUUUAUACACAUUAUUUAUGUAUAUGUGUAAUUCGUGUUUUUAACGACGCUAGGCCUUCCAAUAAUUUUAAGCGCAUCCUAUCUUUCUCUCUCUCUCUUUCUCUGUCUCUUUUUCUUCUUGCAAAGUCAAAGAAAUUUCCCUUUAAAGAAUGAAUUUUCAAAGAAAAUCCGCGUGAAUAAAAAUAUAAUAUAUGAGCACAAAAAAAGAAAACUAUUUUAAGGUAACAUUAAAAGAGCUGUUGUUUCCACGCGCUUCUAAAGAAGCAUUAACUUUGCAUAUCUGCAGCUGCAUAUCAAAGUGGUAAAAAGUAAAGUUAAAGAGAGCGGUAUAUAUUUAGAUAUUCUCUUCCAUACUUUUUUCGAAUCAUCGCAUUAUUUAUUAACUAUAAUGUGUAAGACAUAUCAGGCGCGUUAAACAAAACUAACGCUCCUCGAAAUGUUAAGAAUAAUAAGCGAAUAAUUCCGUUUCCUACGCGUUUUUCUUCUUAACGCGUCAUGCAUUUUAUAUGUUCAUACAUACAAGAUAUAUGUGUCUACAUUCUUAACAUAAUUGAAGUAUCAGAUGCAAAGAUUAGGCAAGUACUAUAUUCAAUGAAUAAAUUGUAUGAAUUAUAUACAUUCUCUGAUAAUGCACUAGUCGCACGUUUUGAAAUAAUAAUUGACUAAUGAAUGAAAUGUAUUGAAAAGAAACACAUAGAAGAAUGCAAAAGCUACAUUAUUUUUUUUUAACUGGGAAAGUAAAAAUAAAAUUUCAAAAUGUCUAAGAUAUUUUGUUGCAUUUUUCCAGCCAAGUUAGACUCUGAUACGCGAUAUUUGCAUCCUGAUCUUUGAUUAUCUUCAAGCCCCCCUCUACUUUGAUUGACUUUGUAACUAAACGCUGCUCAAGAUAACGUCGAAACUUAUUAGUAUCAGAUAUAUCCUCAUUGCCUUGCAAAUUACGCGUAAAUUAUGCGUGAAAUAUUUAUAGAAUGAUAGUCUCGAAAACUAGAUUGUACUGUAAAAAAAUUUGUUUGAUACAAACAUCGCUGCUUUUCAGUCUAAAACUUUAACUUGCUAAAGUCUUCCCGAUGUCUUCUUCAUGUAUUUGUAUAUUUCUGCGAGAUAUACUACAAUUUUCAAGAUGCAUUUUUUUAAAGAGUUACGCAAUUGAUCAAUUAUAAACAUUUGGUGUUUGACAAAUGUUGAUAAAAGAAUAUAAAAAAAAUUCUUAGAGGAUUGGGGACACGCUGAUAGUAAUCUGUUUCGAUUCUAAAUCUUGUGUAUCUAUAUAUUUCUGACUUAUACUGUUAUAGCUUGCGGAAAAUAUUUAUCGUUUCUCUGCAAUAUCUUAAACAUUAAGAAGCUGCUACUAUUAUUAUUAUUAUUAUUAUAAGUAAUCAAGUCUAGUCCAUUCAUUAAAAAAAAAAACAAAUUAGUAACGAUAUAUGAUAAUAUGUAUGCUUAAAUUGUGAUAAUAUUCUCGUCGUGAAACUGAUUUAAUCUGACAAUCUUAUCGAUUAUAAGUUUUUCUUGGUGCGUCAACAUAUAAAUGUAAUUAUAGUAAAGGAGAUAAUACGAGUUACAUUACCGCGAGAUAAUAUACAUUGACAGUCGUCUCUGAGUUACAAUCGCGAGGAUAUUUUGACGAUCUAAGCAUUAAUGUAUAUUCAUUGUAUAUUUGAAAUAAGGUAUCUUAUAUUAUAUAAUAUAACAAGCAUAAAUUAAGACCAUAGUCAGUACAGAUUCUCAAGCAGCUAUCCAUGUAGACCGAGAACCGUACCUUAUUUUCCAACAGUUUUACUCGCCAGAGUAAAAUGCAAUUGUAGCGCAAUUCCAUUCAGCGUAGUAGCGACUACGUCGCUUCGGAAUAGAAUAAUUUCAUCGAAGAAGCUUGCUUCUUCGAAAAGUUUGGUCGGAUUCUGUGUGAGAGAACUAAGUAGAAAAGUUAAGAUCGCUCCUUUUAUCAAGCGUUACAUAAAAAAUUUGUAAUUUCUUCGUUUGAGAGAAGUUUUUAGUUUUCCUGUUCUAUACUUCAAGAUGAAGUUUGAAAUGAGACUUAUUUAUGAGUUACAAUAUUACAAAUGUUGAUGAUAAAAAGCAUGCUUUAAUAAAAAUAAUUUUAUUUUAAUGUGAUGUUCCACAUGACAAUUGUAUCGAUAUUAGAAUUUACUGUAUUGAAUACAUCGUCUGGCCCGGAAACCUUCUUGUGUUAAGACAAUAUUUUAAGAGAAUCAAUAUCAAUUAUUAUUGUUUUUUUAGAGAAUCAAUAUUAAUUAUUAUUGUUUUUUUUUGUGUUAAAUGCUUUGUUGUGCAAUUAAAAUAUAACUCUUUUUGUUAUUAAUAAUCUAAAUAAAUAUGUAAAAAUCAAAUAGUACAUAUAUUUGAAUAAAACAGUAUAAUCUCUCGAACGGAGAAAUAUAUAAAUAUCAAAUAAAUUGUUUUGGACCUAUCAGCAUAAUAAUUAAUGCUUAUUUAAUUAUUUUUGCAAAUGGUUUUUAUUUUAUAUGUUUGAAUGUAUCGAAGUCGAGUAACAGUACCAUGCCAAACCGAAUUUUGAAUCUUGAUCAUUCCAUCCAUUUUUCUCUGAUAUAUUAUAUCUUAUAGGAUCUAGUUAUUAUUAACACCAUUGCUAAUGAUAAGGUCUACGAAUAAAAAUUUAAAAACUGUAUCAAAUGUUUAUAUAUAUGAAAUAAAUUAUGAUAAUGCAAUAA